UUAUACAAAGCAACAUCGACGUACCCUGGUUUUGUGUACUCAUAUAUGCAAGCGUAAACUAUGAAAGGAUCCAAUACGCAACUAUUUAGGUUCGAUUUGGUUUUUAGUUAGGAUCAAAUAUAUUGGAAUCAAUAUUUUCUAUCAUUAAAAAAAAAUUCUAUACAGCUAUUUUUAAUGCAAGAUUUUGCCGUACUAUAUUCAGUUUCGGUAUAAAUAAGUGGUGAAUAAAAAUAAGUUUUUUGACUUACGAUCUUUUCCAGAUCGUUGCUUAAUUUUUGUUCCAUAGAUUCUGCCAUCUUUCUGUAACUGUCGGUAAAUUUCGCAAGCAGCAGAAAAGUUGCUUUUCAAAAGAAGUUGUACGUGUAGUCAGAACAAAAAAAUGGGCAGAACACGUAAAUCAAGCAAGCAAAAAAGUGAUGCAAAAAGGGCAAAUGCUUUGAAUAUGGGGUUUAUGGAAAAAUUGCAAGUGGAGAAGCCGAAAACAGACAGAAAACCGAAAAAGAAACGUGACAUUUCACCAGUACCGAUUGACAUAAACACCCCUGUUCUUAUUGAUACGAUUUCCGAGGAGGUAAUUUUCGACGACCCGACGAUUUCCCGUGCUCCUGUCGUCAGCGCUGAGUAUGUUGUGUCCUGUGACAACCAGAGAAUUGUAUCCGAGGCUCGUUCUACCGGGGAGGUUUCUCCAGUUGCCGGCCCGUCCCAUGUGUUUAAGGACCCCGGGGAGGUCAUCAAUACACCGCACCCGACUCGACGAAUCUCUGUCAUCAAGGUGGUACUUCCUAAUGACCGAGUUAUUGACACAGAUGGUCCUGAUGACAUCAGCGGCGUUGACAAUCAAAACAUGACAAGCGCACCGGAUUGUAACCAGUUUAGGACCAGCAUUGAAGCACUUGUAAUGCAGAAUGCGGCACUGAAGCAAGACAAUGAGCGCCUCCGUACGCUCAACAUGAAGCUACAAGAGGCUUUACUGGAUCGGGCCAAAGAAGUUUGCUUCAGCGAAGUAUCUGGAUUCCCCGAUGCCAAAUGGCUUCUGAGCGUGUCGCAAAACGCGGACGAUAGCGACUAUUUGUUCGUCAAAGAACUUAUCUUUCGUCUUUUCCCGCAAGGAAUCGGAAAUGCCACAGUAUCCGGGCAUUCUUCCAACAAUCCACUUGGACGUGGAUAAAAAAAAACAAAUGAAGCGUACGUUCGAGCAACGGUUGAGCGAUUGGAUCGAGAAAAGGUUAAACAUG